UUGUGCGGAAGCUGUUAGUGAAUGAACGUUCUUCCAGCUCAGUCUGCAGUCAGUCGAGGUUCGAAAUGAAACAGUUAGCAAUACAUUUUCUAGUGAUUCUGAGCUUUCACUACGGAAAGUCUUACGUGGCGCCUGUGUUGAGUGUCUGUUCGAGGAAUGAUCCGAAUUUGGAAAAGUGCAUAAUCGACGUAGUGGAGCGAAUUCGGCCGAAUGUGAUCGAAGCGAAUUACGGAGAUGACCGAAAAGCACCCAGGUUCGAUCCGAUCUACUUCGAGCGAAUGGAUAUCAACAAUGGAGCCGGAUUUCAUCUGGUACUGUCCAAUGUGACUAUUAGGGGAACGGGUGGAUUCGUCAUCAAGAAAAUCCGAUAUGAUCAAUCAGCGAAGAGACUUGAUAUUGCUUCAGUUAUUCCUGCAAUGAACAUCGUCGGACAGUAUAAUCUCAACAUGAACAUUUUGCUUUUGCAAGCCUCUGGGAAAGGAGAUUUCCGUUUACAAUUGAAUGACACCAUUGGCAACCUGAAGAUGCAAUACCGCUUGGUUCCUAGAGACGGCAAGAGCUUCGUCCAGUUCGAUCCGAUUGAUUUGAAGCUGAAAUUCCAGAAAGCAAAGUUCCACUUCACCGGCCUAUUUAACGGGGAUCCGUCACUCGAGGAGUUUGGCAACCGGGCCAUCAACGAUAAUCCCAACUUGAUUCUGGACGAGGUGAAAUCUAGCUUCGAAAAGAACCUGGGUCAGGUGUUUACCGAUAUCUCCAAUAGUGUCGUGGAGGGCGCGGAGGAAUCGGAGUUGCUGCCCCCGUAAAGAAGUGUUCCUAGUGAUAGUUUAUGAAAAGCAUUAAUGUUUCCAUGAUAAUGAUAUUAAAU